AGAUAGAUAUGAACGUGCAUAUUACCAUCAACAUGACUUUGUGACAAAUGACACGCCCCCUUGUGACGCAACCCCAACAUGGCGGCUUACUUGAACCGGCUGCAUCACAUUUCGCUGCAAGUCACGAACGUGGAAAAAGUCGCUCACGAACUCGUGUCGCGCUUCCAGUUUCGCGUGUUUGCGGCCAGACUGACAGACCGAGCGAAGCAGCUCGCGGUUCGCAGAGGAUCGGCCGUGUUUGUGGUGAACGAGAGGCUGCGUGGAGCUCCACAGAGGUUGAAUGGGCACGAGUCACGUGUGUGGAGUCCCGUCACAGGCAAACAUCAUCAGCACUUUCGGUGCCUGUACGGAGCCCACGCGCAGUAUCCAGUGGACACCGUGAGUAAUGUGUGUUUUGAGGUGUCGGAUGUGGAGAGCUCGUCCAGGGCGCUGCGUGAUCGGGGCUGCGAGUUUCUCCUGCCGCCCACUGAAGUGUUCGACGACAGUGGGACGGUCACGUACUCCAUCGUCAGGUCUGUAGUGGGUAACGUGUGUCACACUCUCGUAGACACGUCUCGGUACCGGGGCGUGUUCCUGCCGGGUUUCUGUCCGGUCGGGAGUGAGGAGAGUGACUCCGAUCGCUCAUGUCCGAUCACUCAUUUCGAUCACAUCACAUACGCGUGCACGAGGAGAAGCUCAGCGGACAUCACGCGCUGGUACGAGAAGAACUUCGGUUUCCAGAGAUUCUUCAUUAGCAGAAAUGAAGAUGUAGAGGACGGAUAUGUUCUGAACCAUAACGGCGUCGGACUGCGUCUCACAGCUAUGGAAUAUUGGAAGUGUAGUGAGUCCGGAGUGGAACUUCAUAGAGAUCAAAAGGAGACCGACUGCAAGUUUGUGAUGGCCGAGUCUCUUCCAGAACAAGGCAGCAACCAGGUGGACACAUUUCUGGAUGAGCACAGAGGUGCAGGCAUCCAGCACAUUGGCCUGUACACAGAGGACAUCGUGUCCACAGCUGGAACUCUGAGCCGGGCCGGUGUGCGCUUCUUCUCACCCCCUCCCACCUACUACACUGAGGUGGGGAAACAGCAAGAGAUCAGGGAGGCCAGUCAUGAGCCUCACAUGUUGAGUCAGUAUGGGAUUCUCCUGGACACAGAUGUUCACACACACGACUCGCCCAGCCAACGGUAUCUGCUCCAGGUGUUCAGCAAACCCAUUUUUGAAGAAGACACCUUCUUCCUGGAGCUCAUCGAGCGGAGGGGAGCCACGGGCUUCGGUGAGGGGAACAUUCUUGCGCUCUGGAGAUCCGUUCAAGCUUACAUGAAUGAAGAGCAGGAAUGUGGCCAAUCCGACUGUAAAAAUGAACAGAGUGGACAACACUCUUAAACUGACUUUUUUAGGUGUGAAUUUGAGACUACUGUUCUACAGCACUUAAGACUGAAAUAAGCUGACGUUCAGCACAUUUCUCAUAUCAUCAUGCAUCAUGCAUCAUGAGUUGACAUCUCUGUCAGGGUAAUGUAAUGUAAUGUAGUGUGUUAUCUAUCACUCCUGGAAUGUUAAUGUCAUGUUUUAUCAGAUAAAUCAAAGCCUCCAGACAACCCCUGUAAAAGAUUCCUUUUUUGAUCACCGGACCGAAGCCGAAUUACUGUAAAUAAUGUAAUGGAUAAAUCAGUGGGUGCCUGCUGUGAGAGACACCGAUGCGUUCUGUAAACAUCAUUAUUCUCAUCAUAACAGUUCAAGAAAAUCUUUAUUUCAAGAUUAAAUUACAUGAAUCUCUCUGGGUGGGUUCAUUUUAGGGGUUAUCCUAAAUCAGGACUACCCUUAGUUAAAUUGGGACAUUUAAGUAGAUUUACAAACAUGGCACACAAAAAACAUUUUGAAACGAAACCAAGGCACUGAUGUAUUUUAGGAUGUGUGAAUGCAAGGUCUUUUCGUGUUAGACUCCGCUUGUCUAGGACUAGUCUUAAACCCUGUACAGGAAACCCCUCUAAAGCCUGGUCCACACACUCCGUUAACCUAAUGACCUAAUGACCCUGUUACUGUGUGAACAGACAAACAGUUUGACCUUUUGCACAGUUUAUGAUUGAAAUCUAUUGUUGACACAAAUAAGAUCAACAUAUUCGGCAACAUUUCUAUACUUGAAAUCUAUUACAAUAUUUAUAGUAUCACAUCAAACCAAGAAGCUGUUAAAAUCAACAACUAGAUGAAACACGUGUAGGUUAUUAUGGAUGUGUAAUGUUUGAAAAUAUUUAAAUACUAUAUUUAUUGUUUUAUCAUUUAAAACCUUAAUUAUUUAUUUUCGUUAUACAUUUUGCUUGAAAAUGUCUUAAAAAUAAAUGAAGUGUGUUAGUA